AUGAGUGACGUUUUACAUGCACCAGCCGAUAUUUUAUUUUACAAGAACCAAAAGUUUUUUGAUUAUGUACGUAAUAUAACGAGUGAUAUUGUUGUGGAUAUAUUACAAUUACAGGAGAUAAACUCUGCUCAAAUAUUAUUGUGUGUCGAAAAUGCGCUAGACAUAUUGUAUCUUGAUUGUGAUGAAUUAGCACAUUUGAAAAAACGUGCAGGGUUUACUUUGAACAAUGGAGAUUACAUUAUUAGACCGGGCGUGAGGGAGAGUUUUGACUUUUUGAUUAAUUCGUUGAAAUUGAAGGUUAAUGAAGACAAACAUGUAAUUCAAUCAAAUGAUAAUACUGAAAAUGGUGCUUUAUUGGAACAAAUAGUUGAUGCACAUAAUAAUGAGGACAAUACAUUCAUGAAAGCGUUCAUUGAGAAUAUUGUUAAUAAUUUGAAACGAUCUAAAAAUAAUUAUCAAUAUAAUGAGUAUUUUAAACGUUUUGCAUUAUCAUUGUACAUAUUGGCAGGCCGAAACGCGUAUGAGUUUGUAAGAAUUAAUUUACCUGGUGCCACACCAUCAAUAGCAACAAUAGAAUCUUAUAUGAAAUGCACCAAUGUUCAAAUAACUGAAUGCGAAUUUAGAUUUAAAUCGUUGAAACAUCAUUUAUUAUUGUCGUUGAAUUGA